AGUUGAGAUUGCGCCUGAUCGCUUUCAUCCUUCUUCCUAGAGCACGCUCGGCAAUAUCCAACGCUAGUAGUAUCAAGUCAUGCCGCAUGGUUCCUGCACCAAGGACACCGCAGCCCCCGGCACGUUUGUCGCUUGCUUCACAUCCACCAGGAGGGUCGCCGAGAUUCCACCUGCCUCAAUCGCCAGCAAACAGCAGCUUACGGCGCUCCACUCAAUACACACCCCUUCCGUUUGCUCCAACAGGAGCUACUGUAGCCUACCAAUUACCUUCGAAUCCAAACGUUACUCCAAUGAUGCAGGUGCCUUAUGCUGGAAAUGCGCCUGCAGUUAUACCCCUAGGACAUGGAUACCAACGGACACCGCUGCCAGGAGUCAUACCCGCCAGCACUUGCAAUAUGGCACCAGCACAUACCAUGCCUCCUCCACCGCCACCGCCCUUUCAGUCACAGCGACAGCAGCCCGAAUAUCUCAAAAGACCGAUACCUCAGGCGUAUCCUCCGCUUAAUGCCGCAUACACAACCAGGGUCAUGGCAUCUGUCGGUCAGCCACCAGGUCAAGUGAGAAUGCUGCCUAUCAGUGAUAGCUCUGUUGAGCAGGAUCAUUUAAUCCGCUCUAGGAGCUCGGCGUCCUCGGCCAGAACCACGUGGCAGCAGCAAAAGCAGCAACAGAUGUAUCAACAGCAGCAAUAUUAUCCAACUGCUGUCGCACCGCCUUACCUUGGACCCAGUACACUGUCCGGCAUCGCGGUGCCCACCAUAAUACGGCCUCCAGUAACUGGUCGUUCUCGCUGAAAAUAAAGACGAGAAAGAAUAAUGAUUGACGUUCCACCUUGACGAGCCCUUCACAUUCAUUGGAUCUUCAUGGUUUACACUCCUCUUUAUUUAUUGUAAUUGAGGCAUAAAAAUAUGAACAUUCACUAUGUUGUAUGAAGAACUUCAACGGAGCUCAACUUUCAUACGAUCGACAA